CGUCAGCGAGCAGAACCGUAUGCAGCAACUUCUGAGAGGAUGUGAACUAGGCGAUCGGAAACCAUCUCAGCUACUUCGUGAAAUGAAAGAUCUUGCGAGAGACGUCAUUACAGACGACAAAAUUUUGAAGUCUCUCUGGCUACAACAGCUUCCGGAGACAACACAAGCCGUCCUAAAAAUAUCAGAGGAAACUCUGCAACUGCCACAGUUAGCCGAACAAGCGGACAAACUCGCAGACAUUACCAAAACGCGUUAUGCUUCAUCCGCCGUGGCCAUCGAGAACAGCAGCAACAAAAUAAGUUUGUCGGAGCUUCAAGAACAAAUUUCGAUGUUGUCGAACGAAGUUUUUGCCUUGCGCCAAGACCGCAGCCGUUCCUGUAGUAGGAGUUUCAGGAAUCAACGCAGUUCCCGUAGUAACUCUCGCGAGGAGAUCCGAUACUGUUUUUAUCAUCGAAGAUUUGGUCCAAAUGCGAGGAAUUGCCGUCAGCCCUGUCAAUAUCAAACAAAAAACUAGUGCGGCUGCAAUCGACGGCGGGCGAAUGCGG